AUGGGAAACGCAGAAAGCGGCGUUGCCGGAGCCAGCGGGGACGAGGAAGAUGUCGAAGCCGAAAGCCCAGGGUUCGCGGAAGACAGCCCGGCCUCUGCGGCUACUGGUGUCGGGGCUGGGACUGCUGGAGGCUCCGGUUCCGGGAAAAGCGGUAGACCGACGAUCAACAACCCACCGUCCACUAACGGACCACCGACUCCCGGAGUCCUGUUAGAACAAGUUAAAUUGAGAGAAGCGGCGGCCCGGAUCAGUGACUCAGGACUCGCUAUUCCAGAGUCGGUUCUGGCCGGGAACGAAAUAGCUUUAAUGCGAUGGUUGGAGGACCGAUUGAGCCGAGGAGAAGAGUCAGUAAAUGUGGAACAGUUUUGUGAGAUGUUAGAGAUCAGGAAUGCACCACGAGAUGAGUGUGAGGAGGCCUUUGGUCAGUUUGAUACAGAGGGGGAUGGGGUGGUGGAUGUGGAGAGUAUGUUGUCUGCUCUGAAGAACUCAAACGGAGCCAAUCUUCAGGGAGAGCUGAGUCACGUCAUAAGACAUCUGCAGGCGUGCUCCCUAACCCCAGGUUUCGUGGACAUAUUCUCUAAGUAUAAAGAUGAGUUGGGGGCGCAUGCUUCCAAAAUCCUCAAGUUCCUGCACAGGAACCGUAUUCCCAGCAGUGCCAUCCCGUUCCCACUGCUAGAGGGCUACAACAGCAUCUGUACCAUGAGGUCCACCUUGGUCCAGAACUUCCUGGAAUUCCUCCUGCAGAAAGAGAAAGACCUUGACAUCCAGUACAGAGCAGAGCUGAUCCGGGACCCUGACGUGGACAAGGUCAAGGUGGUCACGCAGUGCUUCAGCUUCAUCGAAGCCUCCUCCAACGCCACGGACAUCCACAGGAUGACGGACGGCGAGACAGGCUCCUUCUGGCAGUCGGACGGCAGCGCACGCUCCCACUGGAUUAGGUUGAAAAUGAAGCCAGACGUGGUGCUGAGACGCCUGGCCAUCGCCGUGGCCUCCAACGACCACAGCUACAUGCCCCAGCUGGUGUCGGUGGCCGUGGGCAAGAACCGGCGCUCGCUCCAGGAGAUCCGGGACAUCCGCGUCCCCAGCAACGUGACGGGCUACGUGGCACUACUGGAGAACGCCAACAUCACGCACCCCUACAUUCAAAUCAACAUCAAACGUUGCCUUAGCGACGGAUGCGACACGCGGAUCCACGGGCUGAAGACGCUGGGCUACCAGAUUACCAAGAGCAAAGAGGUGUCGGUCUCAGACGCGUCGGCUAUCUGGUACCUGUCCCUCCUAACCUCCCUGGUCACCGCCUCCAUGGAAACUAACCCGGUUCUGGCCCAGACUGUUCUCCAGAGUACACAAAAAGCCUUAAGGCACAUGCCGCCUCUGUCCCUGACCCCCUCGUCCACAGAGUUCCCCAAGUUCUUCUCGGCCAACAUCCUGGAGGAGGUGGACGGCUUCCUGCUCAGGAUAGCAGACUGUUGCGUGAGCCCAGAGGCGGAGCUCACCCUGCUGGCCUUCGCCCUGGCCCGGGGCAGCGUGGCCAAGGUGCUCCAGGCGCUGUCGGGCAUCAGCGAGCACCUGGAGACGGAGUACCGGGCCUCCAGCCUCAUCUCCUCCAUGGCCUCCGUCAGGAUGAGGCUGCUCUACCGCAAUGGAAAACCCCUCCAGCUGCACCUGCAGGCCUGCGACGUGAAGAGUAAAGAGGAGAAGUCGGGACCAGAGAACAUGCUGGCGGAGCCCACCACCGGUGACGUAUCUUCCACAGGGUUCCUGACGGAAAGUGGCAAGAAGCGAGCCAGCAUCAUCCUGUCCACGGAGGACCAGAGCAACUUCCAGGUCACCCAGAUGAAGGUCAAGGUCCGGAAGGGAGCCACUGGUGCAAAGUGUGGCCUGGUGUUUGCCUACAAGGAGGCGAACCCCUUCGAUGCGGAGAAGCACUUUGACAGGUUCAAAAAGUUUGACUCGUGGGACUACGACGACUACAAGGAUUUUUUGUUUUUUGCUCAAGACAAUGUGAAGCUUGCGACGCAGUCCGAGGACGAGCCCAUCGGCUGGUUCGAGCUGGAGGAAGACUGGAACGACGUGGAGAUCAAACUGCAGCAGUGUCGCAUCGCAAAGUUCCUGAUGGUGAAGUUCCUGUGCACGCGGCAGACGUCGGCCGAGCGGCUGGGGGUCCAGUCGCUGGGUUUCCACGGUUACCUGGUCGUGGGAGCGGAGAGGCUGGGGGACACAGAGGAGCUCCUCCCCGAGGGGGGGGAGGGGCCGGAGGACCUGGCCACCACGGGCCAGAUGCUGCUCAACAAGACCCUGUUCUUCAUCCAGCAGCUGACCCGAGACAUGGAUGUCUGUCAGUUCAAGCAGAAGUUCCUCCUUGACUUCAUUGGCCUCAGCCUCUCCCUGUUCUGGAGCCUCUACAGUAAACUGAUGCAAAUCGAGGGAGAGGAGGUGAUGAAGAGCAGAGUGCUGCUGCUCCAGCUGCUCCAGAACUGCUUCCCCAUGCUGCAGAGGGGAGCGUCCGAGGGCCACUGCCCUGACAAGGGAGGGGGUCCCGAGGAGGAGGACAAGAAGGAUGAGGAGAAGGCAGCCGAGGCGGGCUGUUCGUCUUCCUCCGGAGCCAACGCGGACCCCCCUCACGGAGCCGUGCUGGAGCUCUACACCCACCUCUGCCAGGUCGUGGACAGGCCUGAGACCGAUGCUCUGGUGGAGAAGGCACUACGGAGGGAGGCGGUCAAGGCCCUGCUAAGUGGAGCGGCCAUCUUCUUCCCAGACAAACACAGCAGGAGAGACAAGCUGUUCCACAUGAUGAAGAACAUCACAGAGGAGGAUCAGCCAGAGUCUGUGAAGGUGACCUUCGAGUCUCUUUGUAAUUAUUUCAGUGACCAGGAUCCCAGUGGUCUGCUGCUUCUCCCUCCCAAGGAGGUGUCCACGGACUUCGACAUCAGCCCCAUCCUGUCUGUCAUGGAGACCCUACUGCUGGUAGCCACCAGGGAGUGCGAGGUGAUGAUGGGGGCUGUGAGCGGAGGCCCCAGCCGGACGGUGCUCCUCUCCCUGUUCUGGGCCCUGCAGGGCAGCCUGCUGUCCUGGUGCUACCUGCAGCUCAAGGCCGACACCACCGGCAUGGGCGCCCAGCUGGCCCGGGACAUCGUGGUCAAAUGUAAGACGUCUUGGCCUUGUCCACGCAGAGGUUAGGCUGAGGGCUAAAGCCUGGCCAGGGAGUUGGGUUUAGAACGCAUGCUGACGUUAUGAGCCGGCUCGUUGGGAAGCUGCAGAAGGGACACAGAAGGGUUUUGGUUAUUAAGCACAAAGUAUUCAGUGGG